AUGGACGAACGGUUUUUAAUUGAAGAGGCUUAUUCGAAUGGAGUUCUAUGCCUUCUCACGUGUACUUCAACUUUGGCUGCAGGAGUUAACCUUCCUGCCAAAAGGUUUGUAAUAUUCAAGCAUCUGAAUAGUUAAUUCAUGGUUGUCUUAGUCAUGAUUAUUACUUCAUAGUUUUUGAUGACCUGAUCCAUAACUUCAAGUUAUCAAUGACCCAUUCUGUUUAUGCAUAAUUGUCACUGUCAUGGUUCUUAGUUCUUGAUUGUCAAAUUCCUCUUUUUAAACCUAGUUAUCACUUUGUUAAAUGGAUGUCUGUUGGCAUUUGUUUCACCUUAUAGUAAUUGGUCUAAAACUGUUACUUUGAUUUUGCUCCAGGGUUAUCCUUAGGAGUCCUUACAUUGGUAAUAGCUUCAUCAAAUUCAGCCAGUACAAACAAAUGACUGGCAGAGCUGGCCGUGCAGGCAUCGACACAUCAGGGGAGAGCAUUGUUAUUGUUAACAGCAAAGACAAGAUCAAAGUAAAGUAGUCGGAUUUAAAAAAAAUGUUUAUUUCAGUUUUGAUAUAAUUUACUAAGCUUUAAUUUAUAUAUUUUUAUUACAUGUUUAAAACAUCAUCCUGAUCUAGAACGGAUUAAAUAAAUGAGUUUUGUAUCUAUAAUUCAUCAUCAUCAUGUCCCUUAGUCCUUGGACCGUUGGGGCGCCACAGAUGACAUGUGAACUAUAAUUAUAACAUAUUUAACUUAUAUUUAUACUGCAUUCAUCAUGUUAAGUUUUAAAAAACAACGUUAUUUAAAGUUCUAUAACUUAAAUAGAAGUUAUAACAAAAUUGUACUUUUGUUUUGGUAAUUUUAGGUGAAAGACUUACUAGGAGGUCCUCACGAUUACUGUCACAGCAGUCUAGGCUAUGAUGGAGGAAAAGGAGUACGAUGCCUGCUUCUUUCUGUAAUA